AUGGUUACAUUUAUAACAAAUACAAGUCCAGUAGCUAUCAAUAGUGGUGGUUUUAAUAGCGAUAAUCAUCCAGAUAUUGUCGUUUCAAGUUUGAGUAAUCGUACAAUUACUGUAUUUCUUGAUUAUAGUAACGGUAGUUUCGUAACCAAUCUGACAUUGGCGACUAGUCGUAACCCAUGUUUACUUGUUACCGGUGAUUUUAAUCAUGACAAUCGAACAGAUCUCGUCAUUAAUCAUUCUGGCGACAUUAUUAGUGUAUUUUUUGGUGAUGGAAAUGGUAGUUUUCCAGGAGAAGCAUUUUUUCGAUGGGCUUCACUGCACAAGCAUUCGCUAUUAGUGAUUUUAACUGCGAUAACCAAACAGAUAUCGUUGUCACCAGUUUUUACGGUAACACUGUGA